UUUUGUAACACUGUUUAUUAUAAAUUCAGACGCGGCUCUCUUAUCAGUACCAUUACUACUUCGCUACCGAUUACUCGUGUCGAGCUGAUAGUAAUAUUCCAAACAAACAAUUGCUUUAGUCUUUUGUCUCUUGUUUUUGUCGAGAAAUUCUCUUUUGGAAAAUAACCAACAAUGCCUUGCUGCAAAGUAUCCGUCAAGAAAUCGAUGGUUUGCUCCAUCAGUGACUGCGUCUGCAUUCCGACUGAUGGGAAACCCUACCUCUGCCUGAGCAAGGGCGAGGAUGGCAAGAUCGUACCCUGCUUUGACUGCAAAGCCGUGCAAGUCGACGACAACGAAUGGAAGUGUGUCGACACUUCUUGCAUCUGCCUCCCGACUGACGGGAAAUCUUGUCUGUGCAUUUGCACCGACGAGGAAGACACCAUCAAGUCCUGUGACGACUGCACUUGCAUCAACGCUGAAGAAUGCAAGAAGGAGUUCAAGAAGUGCAACAAGCCUGGCUGCGUCUGUCUCCCAACAGACGGUAAAGAUACCAUCUGCGUCUGCAAGAAGAAUGGGAAGAUAGUCCUCUGCGAAUGUAAUGGCGCUGGAACCUGCCGCAGCGCUACUUGUGUCUGCGUUUCCACCGAAGGAGCCAAAUGCGUGUGCGUCUGCUGCGACGCAAAAGGCAACAUUAAGGUCUGCAAAGAUUGUACUUGCGAUUCGAAGAAGAAAGACUCCCUGAUUUGCAACAAGGAAGGUUGUGUAUGCAUCAUAACGGAUGGGAAACCUUGCAUCUGUGUAUGCAAGGAUGGUGAGGGAAUGAUUGUGAGAUGUGAUGAUUGUGUGUGUGAUAGUACUGGCAAGUGUGAUAAGCCAGGUUGUGUGUGUAUUCCGACUGAGGGUGAGGAGUGUGUUUGUGUGUGCUGCGACGAGAAAGGUAAUUUUAAGAUUUGCAAGGAUUGUACUUGCGAAGUUAAGGAGAAGGAAGUUUUGAAGUGCAGCAAGGCUGAAUGUGUUUGUAUUUUGACUGAGGGCAAGUCUUGCAUCUGUGUAUGCAAGAACAGCGACGGUAAGAUUGUUCGUUGUGAUGACUGCAAGUGUGACGGUUCUGGUAAGUGUGACAAGCUAGAAUGCGCUUGCAUCCCAACUGAGGGAGCUAAAUGCGUUUGUGUCUGCUGCGAUGACAAAGGCAACUUUAAAGUAUGCAAGGACUGCACUUGUGAGCCUAAAGAGAAGGAAGCUCCUAAAUGCAGCAAGGCUGAAUGCGUUUGCAUUCUAACUGAAGGCAAGUCUUGCAUCUGUGUAUGCAAGAACAGUGAGGGCAAGAUUGUGCGUUGCGAUGACUGCAAGUGUGACGGUUCUGGCAAGUGUGACAAGCCAGAAUGUGCUUGCAUCCCAACUGAGGGAGCCAAGUGCGUCUGCGUCUGCUGCGAUGAGAAGGGCAACUUUAUGGUUUGCAAGGAUUGCACUUGUGAAGUCAAAGAAGUCGCUGCCCCCAAGUGCAGCAAGGCUGAAUGCGUCUGCAUUCUGACUGAGGGCAAGUCUUGCAUCUGUGUAUGCAAGAACAGCGAGGGCAAGAUUGUUCGUUGCGAUGACUGCAAGUGUGACGGUUCUGGCAAGUGUGACAAGCCAGAAUGUGCUUGCAUUCCUACCGGAGGAGCUAAAUGCGUUUGUGUCUGCUGCGAUGAGAAAGGCAACUUCAAAGUAUGCAAAGAUUGCACUUGUGAAGUCAAAGAUGUUGCUGCUCCCAAAUGCAGCAAGGCUGAAUGCGUUUGCAUUCUGACUGAGGGCAAGUCUUGCAUCUGCGUAUGCAAGAACAGUGAGGGUAAGAUUAUCCGCUGUGAUGACUGCAAGUGUGACGGUUCUGGCAAGUGUGACAAGCCAGAAUGUGCUUGUAUCCCAACUGAGGGAGCUAACUGUCUUUGCGUCUGUUGUGAUGACAAAGGCAACUUCAAGGUUUGCAAGGAUUGCACUUGUGAAGUCAAAGAUGCUGCUGCUCCUAAAUGCAGCAAGGCUGAAUGCGUUUGCAUUCUGACUGAGGGCAAGUCUUGCAUCUGCGUAUGCAAGAACAGCGAGGGUAAGAUUGUGCGCUGUGAUGACUGCAAGUGUGACGGUUCAGGCAAGUGUGACAAGUCAGAAUGUGCUUGUAUCCCAACUGAGGGAGCCAAGUGCGUCUGCGUCUGCUGUGAUGACAAAGGCAACUUCAAAGUAUGCAAAGAUUGCUCUUGUGAAGUCAAAGAAGCUGCUGCCCCAAAAUGCAGCAAAGCUGAAUGCGUUUGCAUCUUAACUGAAGGCAAGUCUUGCAUCUGUGUAUGCAAAAACAGUGAGGGCAAGAUUGUGCGUUGCGAUGACUGCAAGUGUGACGGUUCUGGCAAGUGUGACAAGCCAGAAUGUGCUUGCAUCCCAACUGAGGGUGCAAAAUGCGUUUGCGUUUGCUGCAUUAAUGGAAAACUGACUGUCUGUAAAGACUGUUCUUGCUGCGAGAAGAACUGUGACAAAGAUUGUGUGUGUAUCUUGACACAUGGAAAGCCUGUCAUUCGUGUGUGCAAGAAGGAUGGAGGAUUAUCAGUGUGCAAGGAUUUUCUGAAUGAUGAAGCUUGUAAGUGUGAGGAGUGUUGUGUGUUGAUUGGCACUCAUGGAAAGAAAUGCGUAUGUGUGUAUAAGGAUGAAAAAGAUUGUGUUAUUGUGUGCGACAAAUGUGACUGCGCAUAAGCAAUAUUGUAAACCAUUCAUAUAUUUAAUUAAUGAUAAUAUUAUUAAUCACUAUGGUUACGGUUGUAUUUUUAGGUAA